CAGGAAAGGGCGUGGCUCUCUGAGGGUGGGGUAGGGUGCCCGGUUGAUCCUUUGCACGUGCGCGCUGUGGAGAAGAAAUUGAGCAACUUGUAACGAUGGACAUUCAACGAUCUCUUGAGCUCUUGCACAUGACCAUAUACACUCAGAGCAUCUCACCUUGUGGCAAAUAUUUAGCAGCCGGAAACAACUAUGGAGAAAUUGCCAUAUUCAGCCUGUCAGCAGCAUUAAGUUCAGAAGCCAAAGAGGACAGUAAGAAGCCAGUGGUGUCCUUUGCAGCCCACAGUGGAGCUAUCUAUGCCAUGCUGUCCACCGAUCGGCAGUUGUUAAGUGCUGGCAAUGGAGAGGUCAAAGCCUGGAACUGGAGCGAGAUUGUGAAAAAAAGUUGCAAAGAGGCUUGGAGUAGGAGGCCACCUUAUGGAAGUAGACUUGAAGUGCCAGAAAUUAACAGCCUUCAAUUGAACCUGAAGGAUAAUACUCUUUUGAUGGCUGGAGGUGACUGUGUCAUUCACAUGAUGAACUUGGAGACUGGAGCCUUUACUCGUGAAUUUCAGGGCCACACUGAUUAUAUCCACUGUUUGGCCCUUCGGGAGCAGCUCCGAGAAUGUCUAUCAGGAAGUGAAGAUGGCACCGUACGUCUUUGGGAUUUACGUACAGGAGGUCAAGUCCAAUCAAUUGAAGUCCACAAAUAUGAGGAAUGCAGCCGCCCGCAGAAUGGGAAGUGGAUCAGUUGUUUGGCGACUGACUCUGACUGGAUGGUGUGUGGCGGGGGCCCAGCGCUCACUCUUUGGCACCUACGUUCAGUGACACCCACCACUGUAUUUCCCUUGCCUCAAUGCCAGCAACAAGCCAUGUUCUACCAAGAUCUGAUUCUCUCUGCUGGCCACAGCCCGACCAUUAAUCACUUACAGAUCAGCGGAGAAGUGAAGGCCCAAAUCCCUUGCAUCCCACGUUGCGUUCAUUCCAUUUCCAUCAACGAACACUCUGCAGAGCAUAAGGUAUUGACAGCAGCUGGAAGCAGCCACUGCAUCGACGUCUUCACCAACUUUGGAUACCGAGCCUUUUCUCUAACUUUUACCUAAGAUGCACAUAGUGUCCUUUUGUGAAUAAUCUUAGUUUUGUGCAAUUUCAAAUCUGAUAUGGUC